UAGUUCCUUUCAAAAAAAAAAAAAAAAAACAGAAGGCGUAUAGCAUGCUCGAGAUGUGUGCCUAGAGUGCGAGACCAAUAAACAACAAAGCAAACCAAGAGUCACCACCCCAAACCAAAUCAAAAUAAACAAAACAAUCACUAACUAGCAACAUCCAAAUCGAAAAUUUUGUAUUAGAUGAUCAUUCUCCCUCAUGGAUAAGCCCAAUUUUCCGGAGAAACAAACCACCGCAACCACAACAACAUGGACGACGUGGGAGGAGCUCCUCCUCGCCUGCGCCGUCCACCGCUACGGCACUCAGAGCUGGGACUCCGUCGCCGCCCAGCUCCGCAAGCGCAGUUCCAACCUCCACCACCUCACUCCUCAGAUAUGCAAACACAAGUUCCACGACCUCCGACGCCGCUUCAACCACCACGACGACGCCGUUUGCGGCGGCGACGGCGCAGCAUCCUCCCCUAUUCCAUGGCUCGAUCAGUUGCGACAACAACGCCUCGAUGAACUCCGGCGCGAGGUCCAACGCUCCGACGUCUCCAUCGUGUCUCUGCAAUCGAAGGUGGAGAGAUUGAAAGAAGUGCGCGAAAAGUCGGAUCUGGAUAAGAGCGGAGAGGAAGAAGAGAUCAAAGACAAAUCCGUCGAGCCGGAAAACAUCUCGCCGGAAAAUGUCGCCGAGAAAGAGGUUUCCGAGCGUAAUGAUGGCCGGUCUUUCGACGAAUCCAACACCACAGAUCCGAAACCUGAGAUUCCUGAAACCGGAGUCGACGCGGCGGAGAAAGAAUCGGAACCGGUCGAACCGGCCGCCGGGGAGAUCGGAGCGGUCGAGAAGUCGAGUAACCCGGUGGUGGUGGAGGACUCGUGUAAUGGGAGUUCCGAUUCGGUGGUGAAGGAAGCGCCGGUUGCUGAGUCGGAGAAGGCGAACUCGGGCGAGUUGAGGGAAUCGGUGGCGGAGUCGAAGGGUACGAAGGAGAGUCGGAGUAGCAGUGAGGUUCAGAGCUCGGCGAGUUUGUCGAGAAAAUUAGGGCCAGAACUGAAGCCGGUCGAACCGGACCAGGAGGACCAAUCUCCCGCCAUGAAUCAGAUCCCCGUGGAAUCUCAGCCGUUGGUUGAUUUCCUCGGGAUUCUCCGAUCUCACAAGGCCGCUUCCUUUUUCGAGAGCCGGCUCCAGUCCCAGGACACAUCCAUUUAUACCAACAUGAUUCGGCAACAUACAGAUUUUGAAUUGGUGCAAACCAGACUUAAUGGAGGUUGGUACUCAAGCUGCAAGAGCAAAUUUUUUAGAGAUAUCUUGCUUAUUUGUAAGAAUGCCAUAGUCUUCUUCGGGAAAAGGGCUCCAGAAUACACGGCUGCCUGUGAGCUUCAAUUACUUGUUUUAAAGGAGAUGGCUCGUAAGGAUCGUUAUCAAGAUCCAUCACCUAAACAAGAAACUCAUAUGCCAUCUAAAGAAGAAACGCUGACACCACCAGCUCUACCAUUGAAGCCUGAAACUGAAUCAUCGGAGUCGUUGCUAGCAAAAUCAAAACUAUCAAUUCCAUUGACUGCUUGUCGCAAGCGCAGCUCAAUAAAGGCCAGAGCAUCCACCUCUUCUUCAGCACCAGACAUAAAAAAAGAGCAAAAGACUACAUUAUUGCGUGAUGUCAAACCAGCUAUAAGUUGGAAGCAAAAAGAAGAUUCCUCGGAUGAAGUUGAGGAGCAGCUUCCUGUCACAAAGAAGAGAAGAAAAGAAAGAGUUGGGAGCAAUUCAAGAAACAACUCGAACAAAAAUAGCAGGAGCCGAAGUGAUACUAAGAAGGAGAAGAAUCCAGAUGCCAAUGCCAAUGCAAAUGUUGGUUCUUCAACCAGAGCAAUGAUUAGUAAUGAGAAUUCAGAGUCCAUAGCUGAGAUGGAUAAGAAGAGCAAUAGUAAUACAAGUGGGAAAAGGCAAAGUGCAGAAAAAUUCUUGAGUAGAAUGAAGAGGAGCUCUGGAUCCAACAACAAAUCAGAGACAUUGAAAAUUCCUGAGAAUGAUAGCAAAGGUGCAGCAGAGCAGAGAAAGAACGGAAACAUCAAAGGGAAUGCACAGAAAACAGCAGAGCAGAGAAAAAAUGGAAAUGGCAAAGGGAGUGCACAGAAAGAAGUAGCAGAGCAGAAGAAAGGUGGAAAUGGAAAAGGAAAUGCGCAGAAAGAACAAGCUUCACGUAGAGGUUCUGGUGGGAGACAGGCUGCGAAAGAGCAAGGAAGCCCCACGAAAAGGAGCGUGGGACGGCCCUCAAAGAGGGCAGCGGAAACAACGAGAGCUGCUCCCGCUAAACGGCGUAGAUACUAGAUAGAGAAGGUAGUGAAUAUGAAAUUGAAGCAAGUGCCAUGGGAAAUGCAAAGAAGUUCUUGGAGGAACUAAUGGUAGUCUGAGCAUAAAGUGGAUGUUCUGUUUUGUUUUCCUCAUGACGAUAGAGUGAAUAUAACGAUACAUGAAUUGCACGUUAGCAUUGAAAUUUAGAUUUAUUACCAGUUAUGGAAACUAGAAAUCCUUUUAA